AUGUGUUAUGUGGGCAAAGCAACGAAGAUCUUCAUUUUCAUAGUCACGGUUCUUGUGGUUCUAGGGCUUGUCUUGGGAUUUGGGCUUCUACGCCAUGGACUCCAGAAGACCCAUAAGUGCUCCGGCGACUCCUGCCAAUCUCCACCGCUCGUUUUCCCCAAUCCGGAUCCGACUCCGAAUCCCAGUUACAGCCAAUCAAGCCCAGCAAGGCCUGAUCCGAACUCGUCCCAACCCAGCCCACCAAGCUCUGUUCUCAGCCCACCAAACCCAAAUCCAACUCCGCCUCCGCCGGACUCAAACCCAAGCCCAGGCCCACCUCCGCCGAAUUCUAACCCCACUCAGCCGCCGCCAUCUCCGCCGCCACCUACGCCGCCGCUAUUGGUUGGGCCAGCGCCGACCUACAGCCCACCUAAUUCGGUCCAGCUCACUCCAGGUCCAGUCCAUGCUUAG